AUGCCGGACCAUUCAACGGCCUACAUUGGUACCGCAUUUAUUGUUGGCGUCGGCCUAGCCUUGAUCUGCAAAGAAGCGCUUAGCACUCAGCGCCGUCGCGAAAACUCAACACCGAAGCCCGAAUCAGAUACCCUCGUUGCGAGGCCAGGUCCUCCAGCUAUUGUCGAAGGCAUCGAAGGAUGUAUUGGAAAUACACCACUCUUUCGGAUCAAGUCACUUUCAGAUGAAACAGGAUGUGAAAUUUUAGGCAAAGCCGAGUUCCUCAAUGGGGCCGGUCAGAGCUCAAAAGACCGGGUAGCACUCAGCAUGAUUGAAAUAGCACAAGAGCAAGGCAUCUUGACCCCAUACUCUGGAGACACAAUCUACGAAGGCACAUCCGGAUCAACGGGCAUCUCACUAGCGACCCUCGCCCGGGCCAAAGGCUACUUAGCCCACAUAUGCAUGCCAUCAGACCAAGCAAUCGAGAAAUCCGAUCUCCUCCUCAAGCUCGGCGCAAUCGUCGACCGCGUGCCUCCAGCACCCAUCGUCGAGAAAGACAACUUUGUCAAUCGCGCCCGUGCUCUCGCUCAAGCGCACACAGCCUCAUCAACUCGUCCUUCAUCAGACGGAUCAGACGAGCCUCGCAAUUCCAAGGGCCGGGGAUUCUUCGCCGACCAGUUCGAAAACGAAGCAAACUGGCGCGCCCACUACGGCGGUAGCGGACCGGAGAUCUAUGCCCAGUGCGAAGGCAAACUUGACGCUUUCGUUGCUGGUGCCGGUACUGGCGGAACUAUCUCUGGUGUCGCCAGGUAUCUCAAGCCUCUUCUUCCUAAUAUCACGGUUGUGCUGGCCGAUCCUCAGGGGAGCGGAUUGUACAAUCGCGUGAGGUAUGGAGUGAUGUUUGAUGUGAAAGAGAGGGAGGGAACACGACGCCGACCGCAGGUUGAUACCAUUGUCGAGGGAAUCGGGAUUAAUCGUGUCACGGCGAAUUUCGAGGCUGGGAAGGAGCUUGUUGAUGAUGCGGUGAGAGUGACGGAUGCGCAGGCUCUUGCGAUGGCUAGGUGGCUUGUUGAGAAGGAUGGUGUCUUCAUUGGGAGUAGUAGUGCUGUCAACUGCUUCGCGGCUGUCAAGACGGCGCAGAAAUUGGGCCCUGGCCAUCGGAUUGUGACGGUGCUCUCUGACUCUGGAUCAAGACAUCUGUCUCGCUUCUGGGCUAAGGCCGGUGAUGUUGGCGGGGCGGUUGAUACGAAGCUUGAAGAUGUGCUCAAUGCUCGAGAUGAAGAUUUAAAAUAG